GCGACGGGAUAUAAACACGGCCAUUUCCCCAGAUGUAGGUCACCUUUCAGUCACCACCUGUUUCUCCUCGUUCAGACCGGCCACCCCGCAGCACACCAUCUCCCCUGCGUUUACGUCAAUCCAUGGCAAGACUCUUGGCGGUGGCUUUGGCCUGCGCCGCCAGCCACAUCGCCACGGCAGCGGCAGGGCCCACAGGCACCAGCACAGGCUGUGAAACGCCCUACAUCCGCAAAGAAUGGCGAACCCUGUCAGACUUGCAACGCGGCCAGUACAUCGGCGCGGUCAAGUGCAUGAUGGAAAAGCCCGGCAGGGCACCGUUGGACGCCGUUCAGAACCGCUUCGAGGACUUUCUGGCAACGCACAUUGUGCAGGCCGACUCGGUACAUUUUGUGGGAAUUUUCUACCCAUACCACCGACUUCUUUUGGCAGAGUACGAGGAGGAACUGUGGGGAUGCGGUUGGGAUCGCGGUCUGGGCCAGCCGUACUGGGACUGGACCUUGGACACGGGGAGCAAAGAGUCUUUCCUGGCUUCCCCAAUAUUCGACGACGUCGCCGGCUUCGGAGGCAACGGCGUCUUCAUCCCCGGCAACCGAAGCCACCCCCAGCUUCCUGGUUUUAUCGGCGGCCCUCCCUUUGACAUCCCCGACAGAAGCGGCGGAGGCUGCCUCGACAGCGGCCCCUUCUCCGGCCUGUCCUCCCACCUCGGCCCCUGGAACAACACCGCCAAGCGCGAGGGGGUGCCCCCGCACUGCGUCCGGCGCGACCUCUCCUACGGCUCCCUCUCCGGCAUGUCCGGCCCCGCCCAGGUUGCCGCGGCGAUGCUGGAGCCCGACUACGGGCACUUCAGCGUCUUCUCGGAGCGCGACAGCUUCCACCCGGGGGGCCACUGGGCCCUAGGCGGCCUCUACGGCACCAUGACCGACAAGUACGCCUCCCCGGGGGACCCCGUGUUUUACUUCCACCAUUCCAACGUCGACAGGGCGUGGUGGUCGUGGCAGCAAAGAGAUCUGGAAAAGAGGGAGGGUGACAUAUCUGGGCCCCUGGUGGCGUUCGAUUACGGCAACGAGGUGGCGGGGAACGCGACGCUGGACACGUUGGUGUGGGUUGGUUUGGCUGCCGAGGACCGGAGGGAGCUCAAGGUCGCGGAGCUGAUGCACAUCCAGAAGGGCCCGUUCUGCUACAGUUACAGCGAGCUGUACUAGAAGGCUGCAAAACAGGAUAAAAAAUCAGCAAAAAAUUGCGAGAAGAUGCUUCGAGAAGCCAUGAGGUAGUGCAUUGCAGAUAAUCCAUGACAAGGCCUCCCAUCGAUUGACAAAACAAACACAAAUAAACCCCUAAAGGGCAUGGCCAAC